AAAACGCAACUUUCGUUAACACGAACAAAAAGUCCAAAACGGUGCGUACCGUUCUAUUAGCUGGUCUUCAACUGGGAGUGACUAGUGCUUGACCAUUGUCUGAAAACAAAAGGCGCAGUAGUUUUAUCUCUCUUUCUCGAAUCUUCGUCGUGUUUUUAGUGCUCUAGUUUGCGUUCUACAUCGUCGUUUUAAGCUGGUUCUGGGAAUCUAGGGUUUUGUGAAAGGAGAUGACGACUAUGGAGAGCUUGAUUGGGCUGGUGAACCGAAUUCAGAGGGCUUGCACGGUGCUCGGUGACUAUGGAGGUGCUGAUAACAACACCUUCUCGUCUCUCUGGGAAGCUCUUCCUUCUGUUGCUGUUGUCGGUGGCCAGAGUUCAGGGAAGUCUUCAGUUUUGGAGAGCAUCGUUGGUCGUGACUUUUUGCCUCGAGGAUCAGGGAUUGUGACAAGGCGUCCAUUGGUGUUACAGCUUCAUAAAAUGGAAAGUGGAUCGCAAGAGUAUGCCGAGUUUCUACACCUGCCUAGGAGAAAGUUCACUCACUUUGCUUUGGUACGCCAAGAAAUUCAGGAUGAAACUGAUAGAGUAACAGGGAAGACGAAACAAAUAUCUCCUAUUCCAAUUCAUCUUAGCAUCUAUUCUCCAAAUGUUGUCAACCUAACCUUGAUUGAUUUACCGGGUUUGACUAAAGUGGCUGUAGAGGGACAGCCUGAGAGCAUUGUACAAGAAAUUGAAACUAUGGUUCGCACUUAUGUUGAGAAGCCUAAUUGCAUCAUACUAGCAAUAUCUCCAGCCAAUCAGGACAUAGCUACUUCUGAUGCUAUUAAACUUGCUAGGGAAGUUGAUCCCACAGGUGAAAGGACAUUUGGGGUCUUGACAAAGCUAGAUUUGAUGGACAAAGGAACUAAUUCUUUGGAUGUCCUUGAAGGAAGGUCUUAUCGGCUGCAGCAUCCUUGGGUUGGUAUAGUAAAUCGAUCUCAAGCGGACAUCAAUAAAAAUGUUGAUAUGAUUGUUGCUAGACGCAAGGAGCGUGAGUAUUUUGCAACCAGUCCUGAUUAUGGGCACUUGGCCAAUAAAAUGGGUUCAGAAUACCUUGCAAAACUUCUCUCACAGCAUUUGGAGUCAGUAAUCAGGGCAAGGAUACCUAGUAUAGUGUCUUUAAUAAACAAAAGCAUUGAGGAACUUGAAUUGGAGAUGGAUCAUCUUGGGAGACCUAUUGCUCUUGAUGCUGGGGCUCAGUUAUACACUAUCCUAGAACUUUGCCGAGCAUUUGAGAGGAUAUUCAAGGAGCAUUUAGAUGGAGGGCGGCCAGGAGGAGAUAGGAUAUAUAAUGUCUUUGACAAUCAACUUCCUGCUGCUUUACGAAAGCUUCCAUUUGACCGGCACCUUUCUCUCCAGAAUGUAAGGAAAGUGGUAUCAGAGGCUGAUGGAUAUCAGCCUCACUUGAUUGCGCCAGAGCAAGGUUACAGGCGCCUGAUUGAUGGGGCUCUCAGUUACUUUAGAGGCCCAGCUGAAGCUUCAGUGGAUGCUGUUAACUUCGUUCUAAAAGAACUUGUAAGGAAAUCAAUAGCUGAAACUCGGGAACUGAAGCGCUUCCCAACAUUUCAAGCCGAACUAGCUGCUGCCGCAAAUGAGGCUCUAGAAAGGUUUCGUGAAGAGAGUAAGAAGACAACUCUUCGGCUUGUAGACAUGGAAUCAUCUUAUCUCACUGUGGACUUCUUCCGAAAACUUCCUCAAGAAGUGGAGAAAAGUGGAAGUCCUGCUGCCUCAAACAUUGAUCGAUAUGCAGAGGGACAUUUCAGGAGAAUUGCAUCGAAUGUGUCAUCCUAUAUAGGGUUGGUGGCAGACACACUUAGGAUCACAAUUCCUAAGGCUGUGGUUUAUUGCCAGGUCAGACAAGCAAAACAGUAUUUGCUAAACCAUUUCUACACACAAAUAGGGAAGAAAGAGGGUAAACAGCUGUCCCAAUUGUUGGACGAAGACCCUGCAUUGAUGGAGAGGAGACAACAGUGUGCGAAAAGGCUCGAACUAUAUAAAGCAGCCAGGGAUGAAAUUGAUUCUGUUUCGUGGGUACGAUGAGCUUGGCUCCUAGCUGAAUUCGUCUUCCUCUCCUUGUAUGAUAGUGAUCCAUUAUGGGUUUGCUGGACCCUGAUGUAAUUUACAUAUUUAUUAUUAUUUUAUGGUUGAGGGAUCUUUAUACGUUGCUUGUAGGGUAAAAUUGGAGUUUACUGUCUGAAUUCGUGAUGUACUACUCAUAGACCAUGAUAUGUAAAGUUUGUGUAUUCUUUGUAAUCUCCUAAUCUUGGCUGUUACAUUCUUGAAACUUGGCACGACUAUUUUGUGCUCCAAGGUUUUGCUUGUUUUCCCCUUCUGACACUAAGUAAAAUAAAAAACCGGCUCAGAAAAAGUCAGGAAAGUCGAGUUGAGUUGAUAAACCAGACCCAAAUUUAGAGCUGAAAGAGAGUGAACAACGUUGGCAACAAAGAUUUGCUGAGCCAUAUGAGAAUGAACAUGUAAAGUGGCAAGGUUGAAGAUUAUAAGAAUGUCUUACAAGAAUGGGAAGGCUUGUUUCACGUACCAAUUAUGAUGCCUAAUUGGUUGGUCGAUUACACUUUUUUUUCUUGUGUAUAGGAAUUUUUAGCGAUUUAGCUUAGUUUUUCUUUGGUCAAUAGCAGUUGUACCCUUUUCUUAGUUCUAACUUUGCUCUCGGCGAAUUAUCAUAGUAGCUAAUGAAGUUUGUUCUAUUUUCUUAUGGUGUAUUUAUCAGUUGAUUUAUGCCAGUUUCUGUUCGAAUAUAGUUCACUAAUCCUGCACGGUUAGCAGCCUAUUGAUGUUGAUUUGAGAUCAUAACAAUGUUUAGUUCAACUUCCAUUUAAGCUUGCAAUCGUGGGUUAUACUCCUUGUAUAUCAUUGUUUUAAAAUUUCUCAUAAAUCACAUGUAUGAUUGGUUCAGUUUAUUUAU